AGGUAGACGCAAAGAGUAUAUAUGUAUAGGGGGCGACGUCAUCUGAUUCCCUUCCCUGUUGUGUUGACGUUUGACGAAGGUUUGACGACUGACGUUGACCUUUUAACUUCGCUCCUUCUUGUCACGUCAUUUUUGAAAGACUACAAUACUAUAUCUGAUUGUCAUUUUAUUACGGGUCCUCGAAAGUGUUAUUGCUGGUGUCCCAUAACUUUAGUUUGAUAACUAGAAGAUAUUACAGACCAAGUUGUUGUCCAAUACUUUUCGUCCUUAACGAAUAAAAUAAGACUAAAGUUUUUAAUAUGGCUGAAAAAAGUGCAAAAAAAGUUAAGAGUUCAGGGCCCUCUGCAAUUGGAAAAUUCUACCUUUUGUCAUAUAAUGCUAUCCAAACUUUAGGAUGGUCGUACAUGCUGAUACAAUCAUUUAUACAUUUCCUGGAUCGUGGAAGUUUAGAUACUUUUUGGCCAGUUAUUAAAACAACUGUCGUUGUAUUUCAGAAUGCAGCUGUCCUUGAGGUGGUACACGCAUUAAUCGGCCUAGUACCCUCUGGAGUCGCGGUUGUACUGCCACAAGUGUACUCGCGCGUCUUUUUAGUAUGUGGUUGUCUGUUAGCUACUGAGUCCGCCACUGUGAGUCCCGGUCUGCCCCUGUGUAUACUGGCCUGGUCUAUCACGGAGAUCAUAAGAUACGCCUACUACACACUUAAUCUGAUCAACAGUGUACCAGAAACAUUACUAUUUCUCAGAUAUUCCACCUUCCUGUUUCUCUACCCAUUGGGAAUUACUGGAGAGCUGCUGUGCAUGUAUCACUCUUUGGAUGAGAUCGCAGAAAAACAAUUGUUCACAAUAUCUAUGCCUAACGCGUGGAACGUAGCAUUUAACUACUAUUAUUUCUUAGUCUUCUACAUGUUCUUAUACAUUCCUAUCUUCCCCUUCCUGUACGGACACAUGUUGGCGCAACGAAGAAAAAUGCUCAGCAAAGACGCAAAGAAAACUAAAUAAUGACUUACUACUAAUAUUAUUAGUGACACUUAUCACAUUGAUGAGUUUUAUAUUAUAGUAUUUUAGUCAAGUCUGUAUUUUUUGUAUACAGAUUUACGAAUGUCUUUGGACGACAAUACCAUGCUACUAUAUCCUCACGCUGCGCUCGCGUCGCAAAUACUGCACGUAAUAAAUGAUAUUUUUAUCUUUUUAUACACUUCGGAAAGCGUCAGUAGCACGUUUUAACCAAUCAGAACUUAUGAUUAAAGUUGAUAAAUAUGUUUACCUACACGUGCAAUGACGACCAAGCGAGAGCUAAUGACGCCGUUCCGAUACCUGCUGAUACCAAAACCAAAACUGACAAAUAAUUUGAGGAUGGCAAACAAAGGAAAUUUUAUGUAAAGAAAGAAAAUAUUUUGUGCGUUUUGAUAAAUCGAAUACAGGCCUCCACAGAUUUGAUACUAUUAGGUACAUAGAUUAGUACCUGUAUUUGUAUGUGUGUAUUUUGUCAUCUACCGUUUGAACGUGCUGAUGGCACCAAAAUGAAUACUCAAUCUUCGUAUUGCAUUUUUUUUUAUUGUAGCGUAAUGAGGGCUACUGGUUAGGUUAGCUAGGUGCUAGUUAUUGUGGUGGCCUGGGUUAAUAAUUGCUAGCUGUUUAAUUAAUUUAUGAAUGAAUUAAUUAAUAAUUAUAAUAAUAUGGUCGAUUGGGUUAUGGGCAAUGAUAUGCAAAUAUAAUAAAUUUAUUUUUAUGACAUAUUAAAAAAUGUUUUAUUUAUUCUU